AUGCCACGCCAGCCUCGCCGCGAAGAGUACACUGUAGGAUGGGUAUGCGCACUGCCCAUCGAGUCCGCAGCGGCGAGAUCGAUGCUAGACGAAAAGUAUGACACCCCCGAUCCCGAACCAGGCGAGAGGUGGGACGACAUAUAUUUCACGGGUUCGAUAGCCGGCCACAAUGUUGUUAUCGCUUGCCUCCCGGGGCGUACUGGGACAAGUUCUGCAGCUACGUUGGCAGCACGGAUGCAAGGCAAGUUCCAAGGAAUCAAAUUUGGACUCAUGGUAGGCAUUGGCGGAGGUGUACCAGGCGGGCAAGCAGAUAUUCGACUUGGAGAUGUUGUUGUCAGUGCACCACAAAAGACCUUCGGAGGGGUAGUCCAAUACGAUAUGGGAAAGGCGACACCAACAGAUACCAUAAGAACAGGAAGCUUGGACUCACCAUUCCAGAUCUUGCUUAGUGCAGCAGGCGCACUACAAUCUGACGCUUUGAUCGGCGAGAGCAAGCUGCUCAACAUACUCUCAAAAACCCAGCAUAUCCCUUCCUUGCAGCGUUGCGAAUCCAGUGCCGAUGUGCUGUACGAAGCAUCCUACAACCAUGAAGGCGGCAGAACUUGUGCAAAUUGUCGUUCUGAUAAACAGGUGAACCGGCCACAACGUAAGAGAGAAGAGGUGGUGGUGCACCACGGAACCAUCGCAUCAGGCAACCAAGUGAUGAAGAACGCUACUGUAAGGGACAGGAUUAGUCAAGAACUUGGUGGUGUCCUUUGCUUCGAGAUGGAGGCUGCUGGUCUCAUGAACAGCUUCCCCUGCCUUGUCAUCCGUGGCAUUAGCGAUUAUUCAGAUUCGCAUAAAAACGACCAAUGGCAGGGAUAUGCAGCGGCAACUGCAGCUGCCUAUGCUAGAGAGCUUCUCUUGAAGAUUCCAACAGCUCAGGUGAUGGAAACUGCAAGGGCAGAAGACGUGAUCAACGAUACCAGAAAACGUGAUGCGUGUUCUUCGAGCCCCACUAAUAGGUCUUCGAAACGAAGGAAAACCGAGGGCCCUAGUAGUCAGAUGCCUGAGAUCGAAGAGCGCGGAAUCGUCUUACUACAAGAAAGAACCCGUCCGUCACUAAAAGAAGAUCGAACCCAUCAUCCGCAAAAUGAAGCUCCGACACACCGGGUACUGAGCGAAGAGCAAAGACAGCGGCUCCUAGAAUCCCUGCAAUUUGACCAGAUUGACGAACGGAAGAACACAAUCAAAAGGGCUCAUGCGAAAACAUGCGAAUGGCUCUUACAAAGCGCGCCUUAUCUAGAAUGGCUCGAAACUACGAAGAGAAGCGAGCACCAUGGAUUUCUAUGGAUCAAAGGGAAAGCUGGAGCAGGAAAAUCUACGCUCAUGAAGUUUGCUCUAGAACGAGCGCCCAAGGAAGUACGAGACAGCUCGACACUGUCUUUCUUCUUCAAUGCAAGGGGAAGCACAUUGGAGAAGUCUACAACUGGGACUUAUCGGUCAUUGUUACUGCAGCUCCUUACAGGAUUUCCAAAGCUACAGGAGGUCUUUGACUCACUUCACUUAUCAGCAGCAUACUUUGAUGCAAAUUACGAAUGGAGGGUGGAAUUGCUUAAGGACCUUCUAGAAAAGGCUAUCCUGAUGCUCGGCAAGACUCCCAUAUUGUGCUUUAUCGACGCAUUGGAUGAAUGUGAUGGAACAGAGAUUCGAGACAUGAUUGAAUUCUUUGAGCAUAUCGGGAAUCUGUCAACAGAAAAGGAUUUACCUUUCUUUACCUGCUUCUCUAGCAGGCACUAUCCCCACAUAACUAUUGACAAAGGACUCGAAUUGGUGUUAGAAGGACAAGAAGGCCACAAUCAAGACAUUAUCAACUAUAUUGGGACUGUGUUGAAAAUUGGAAAAAGCAAAAAAGCACUGAAAAUUAAGGAAGAUGUUCGAAAAAAUGCAAAGGGCAUCUUUAUGUGGGUUGUUCUAGUUGUUCGCAUGUUAAACGAAGAAUCAGACCGAGGCCGACUCGAUCGUCUUGAGAAGAAAUUGCUGGAGAUUCCUACCGACCUACACGACCUAUUUCGCGAUAUUCUCACCCGAGACUCGGAAAAUAAGGAGCAAGUGGUUUUAUGCAUUCAAUGGGUGCUCUUUGCAAAAGUGCAACUCAGCCCUAAGCAGUUGUACUAUGCUAUACUAUCUGGCAUCGACCCUGAUGAAGUAUCCGCAUGGGACCCCGACGAAGUCGAUCAAGAUUUGAUCAAGAAGUUCAUACUUGAUUCUUCAAAAGGCCUUACCGAUAUUACUGCCUCCAAAGAUCAAAAGAUCCAGUUCAUACACGAAUCGGUCAGAGACUUUCUGCUCAAAGAGAAUGGACUGGCCAAGAUCUGGCCCGAGUAUCAGCACAACUUCUUUGGCCAAAGCCACGACAAGCUCAAACAGUGUUCCUGGAACUAUAUCAACACCAUCCUAGACAAGUCAUCAGACAUCCUCGACAUUCCCUCCGGCGCAUCUUCUAUGACAUUGAAAGAGCUACGUUCCUCAGCAGAACAGAAAUUCCCUCUUCUUGAGUACGCUGUCCACAACGUAUUCUACCAUGCAGAUUUGGCAGAAGGUCAUCGCAUUUCCCAGUCAAUGUUUCUGGACCAAUUCCAUCUUGAAAGCUGGGUUCAGCUGGACAAUCUGCUGGAGAACUACAAAAUUCGCAGGCAUCAGAAGACCGUUAGUUUGCUAUACAUUUUAGCCGAACUGGACUGCGCCAAUUUGAUCAAGUCUCACAUUCCGCUUGACAAAGUUCUGGAUGUCACAGAAGAGCGCUAUGGUUGCCCUCUGUUCGCUGCGAUUGCUCUUGGAAACGGUGCAGCGAUUCGAGUUCUCUUGACGGCGAUUGAGCCAGCAUCCCCAGGUACAGGUACAAACUGCCAGCAGCUUGAAUCCGAUACGAUAGUGGCUGCUCCCAUUCAAGGUAGUCAUCGUGACUUUGUUUACGCGCGGGGAAAAAGCUUCUUGUCCAACGCAAUACGGAUAUGCCCGGAGCAGGCCAUGAAGCGGCUGUUGAAAUCACCAGCAUGCAACCUUGAAUCACCAUCUUCUGAUACUGAACAAAUACUACUGGAGGCGUCGAGUCGCGGCUAUGAAUCUGUAGUAAAGUUAUUACUUGACAACUCAAAAGGUCUCUUCAACUUGACGCCUGACACAUUAGACAAAACGCUGCAUAAGGCGGUGGAAGUCGGGAAUGAGCCAAUCGUCAAAAUGCUUGUCCUCAAAGGAGGCAAUGUUGACGCAAUGGAUAACGGUGAAAACACACUUCAUGUGGCUUCAAGAAAAGGGAUCGAGAGCAUCGCUAUAUUUCUCUUGGAUAGGCGUCCAGAUCUACUUGACAGCAGAGGCCCGUUGCGAUACACCCCCCUCAUGUCCGCGAUUGAAUAUAAGCAUACAUCUCUUGCCCAAAAACUAAUCCAAAGAGGGGCCAACGUCCAUUUGGAAUCUACAGAUUGUACUGAUGCUCUUUACUGGGCUUCUCUGAUUGGCGAUCGAGAACUUGUCAUGCUUCUUUUGGAUGAAGGAGCUAAGAUAAAAUCACAAAAUGGGCACCUUGGCAACACAUUGUAUAGAGCUUGUUUAAGAGGUGACAAGAACAUUGUUAAGUUGUUGAUAGAGAGAGGCGCUGAUGUCAACGCCAAGUGUGAGAUAUCGUAG